AUGAACAGAAUCUUCGUUGCUCGUCUCCCAUGGUCUGUCUGCAAGAUCACUUUGAGAAACCACUUCUCCAAGUUCGGCCCAGUUCAGGAUGGUUACAUCGUCUUGGACCGUAUUACUAGAAGAUCAAAGGGUUACGGAUUCGUCACCUUUGCCAACAACGAGUCUGCUCAGAACGCCGUUGCCGCCACACACGAGAUCGAGGGAAGACAGCUGGUCGUCUCCAUCGCCGUUGACAAGAGACAAGGAGAGCAAGCUCCCUCCACUCAGGACAACGUUGAUGCUUAA